AGCAGACAUCUUUGAUUGGGUCUGGCCUUGCCAUUUUCUGUUGGGUCCCUAUGGCUCCCGAGGCUAUCGGCUUUCUCAGCUGCCUGGAUCUCACAGUUGACCAUCACCACAGAGCUGCACAGCAACUUCUGCCAUUCAGUCAGAUCAGUCGGCUGUUCAUUGGAUUGUUUGAAUUCCCAUGUUCACCAGCUUAUUAUCUGUUGCUGUUAUGAAAUGAUAUAAGCUGAUAUCAGACUAACAGUUCAGGCUGUUAGGGAUAGACAGACACAGAGCUGGAUGCCCAUUUUAGUAUUGUUUCCAAAUUCAAGUUAUCUAUUGCAACAGAAUAGUUGUUUUCAGAUUUUUGUAGAAUUGUGAAAAAAACAAAUAUGGAUAAUGUUUCAGUUAUUACUAUGUUUACUCUCUCUGGGUUAAGUGACAUAACAAACUACAGAGUUACUCUGUUUGCUCUCACUUUACUGUGUUAUUGUCUGAUUUGUUUGGUAAAUGUGACCAUUAUUGUGACAAUCAUUAUGGACAAUAGCCUUCAUGAACCCAUGUACAUCUUCCUCUGUAAUCUGUGCAUCAAUGGACUUUAUGGGACAGCAGGAUUUUAUCCCAAAUUUCUCAUGGAUCUUCUAUCUACCAUUCAUGUAAUUUCUUAUGCUGGAUGUUUAGUGCAGGGUUUUGUGUUGCACUCUUCAGCUUGUGCUGAUUUCUCUCUUCUAGUGCUAAUGGCCUAUGACAGAUAUGUGGCUAUAUGUCGACCUCUGGUAUACCACUCUGUGAUGACUAUGCAAAGAGUUUGUGUAUUUGUGUUUUUUGCUUGGCUUAUACCCCUUUUUUUGGUGUUUAUAGGUUCAAUAACCACAUUAAGAUCGAGGUUAUGUGGCUCACACAUACCUAAAAUCUACUGUAUUAAUUUUUGGAUUCGUAAACUAGCUUGUUCUGCCUCCAUAGCAAAUGUUAUUGUUCCAGCUUUUAAUUACUUUUAUUUUGGCCAUGUUAUUUUUGUUGUUUGGUCUUACAUAUAUAUGAUAUGAUGUCUGUUUGUGAUUUGGGAGAAAUACUUUUGACAAUAACAAUGUUGUAUUGUUGUAUCAGUCAACAAUGUGACAGUUAUACAUUACCACCAUUCCAGGUUGUACAGUACAAAAGUCCCAACACAGGACUUAAAGAAUGAAAGAAAGCAAUGUAGUAUAUUUUAUCUAACAGUUAUGUUUUAGUGUUUCAAAUCACAUCACAUUUAAUGUGUUUUCAGCCAUAUGUUGCUUUCAAUAAAUCUGUACCUGAUCAUAAAA